AGUCGGUGGAAAAGCUUUGGUUUCACUCGUACUCCGGUCGUCAGAUUGGGUAGUCGUUGGUCGAAUUUUAGGCGUGUUAGGAUAGGAACUGAAAACCGGUGAAAAAUAGUUACAAAAGUAAUUAACCCAGAGCUCAGUUAAUUGGCAGUUUAUGGAAAUCAUUUUCGGGGUUCGCGUGUUUAGCAUCAAAUACCCAGCACCGACCCCAAAGCAGUAGAAUAGAAGAGAAGAGAAGAAUUUUUUCGCGGCGGUGGAAGUGAUUUUUUACCAUUCAAAGUGUUGCACAUAUUUUAGUGAUCUCAUUCCCAUCGGAUCGGUCUCUUCGCGGGAAGGUUCGAAUCUCGACGCCGCGACCCUUACCGAAUCAUCAACCCAAACACAGCAUGGCAGUUGAUGCAGUUUUUCGAAAGUUGGUCACAUGUGCCCUGGUAGCCUCGCUGACAUUCAACCAGCUGGGCUCGUGUGCCAGUUUAUCCGGCGAAAGUACCGUUGGUGGCGGAUCGUCAUCAUCGUCAUCGUUGGGUCAGCUGGGCUCAUCAUCAUCAUCAUCGCAGUUGGUAGGCUCUCCGACUCUAGGCAGUUUGUACCGAAGUACCCGGGAUGAGUACGGGCGCUACGGAGGACGAGAUCAACGUUGUGGAAGUUGCGGUGGUUACUCCGAUCGGGACAUGAGAUCGUUCGGUGGAAGACCGGGUGGAAUCUACGGGUACUACAGUGGCCGGGGGUCGAUUUAUGACGACCGGAACUGGUACUACAGACCGGACGCGGCGAACGACGAUCGGGCCAGUUAUCGGGGCGGCGAUGGUUACUACUCGAUGAGACCUGGUUACAUGAACAUGAUGAUGAUGGGCUAUGACGAUCGCUACAUGAACCGUAACGAUGACCGAUACUAUCCAAUGUCGACACGCGGCUAUUAUGACAAUCGCGGGAGUGGUUAUUAUCCACCGACGGAUACGGGAAUGCGACCCGGUGGAUACGGUUAUAGAGGUAAUGGGUACGAUAAUCUUGAUCCACUGUAUGAUCAUUACAUGAUGAUUGCUCGUGGAGGUGGACAAACCGGUGGUGCCGGAGCCAAUUACAAUCGCGAUCGCUAUUACGGAGCAUCCGGUGGAUACGGUUCUGGUUAUGAUGAUCGCAACCGCGGUGGCUACGGCUAUGACAACAAGAACUUCCGGCCAUGGGAUGAAACCUACAGAGGAACUUCCGGUUUUGAUAAUUCUGGACGUGGUUAUUAUUUUGCAAGUCGCCCACCAAGUUCAGCACCACCAUCAUCUGCACCCGGCGCACCGCACCACCAGCAAUAUCCGUCACCUCCCUCGUCACCAUCAUCGUCAUCUACCUCCUCGCACUACCACCAGUCCGGCUAUCCGGGUGCAGCUGGUCCGACGGGGCCAGCCGGAACGUACACAAGUCAACCUAUAGGAAUUUACCACAGCAGUGGACCGGAUCGACCGGAUUCGUACGGUGGCAAUCGGCCGUGCUGUGCUGAGUGCUGUUCGUCGUCGAGCCCCGGUCGGUAUCCUCCGGGACCUGCCGGUCCAACCGGUACCGGUGCCGGUUACAAUCAACCUUACCACCACCAACAACAACAACAACCACCACCGCAACCCUCGGUGUCGCAGUACGGUGGCGAACGACCCGAUCAUGGCCGACCAGGGGCAUGGAAUUAUCUGAGUGGGGGUAGUGCCAGUGCUGCCAGCGGCGGCGGUGGUGGACAGGAUUAUCAUCAGGCUUCAUCGGCUGCCGGCGGAUCCUCGUACGCACAGCAAUCCAACCAGGACUAUGGCAAUCGAGGCGGAUAUCGACGGCCCGGAGGAGACGAUCGACAACAAAACACUGCCUAUAGUCCACGUCCCCGCCCGUCAAGUCUAGGACCGACCAGUUACCUGCUGGAUCGAGACGGUGACAAUUCCGUUGGUCAUCCCAGUGAACUUCAUGCCGCCGCUGCGACCGACAACCAGCAAACCGGCGGUGCCGAUUCCACUUCAUCCAGUAGUAAAAACAACAUCGGCAACAACAACGGACCAGAAAAAUCAGCCGGUGGAAACCCUACAGAAAAAUAAUGAUUUCGUCCCCGAUGGACACAGUUGACUAAUGGAAUUUUAAUCCCGGCGGAACGAACAAUGGACAAUGGUGAGAGAAUGGACCACGAUUAGCCUAGUGAUGGAGAAAAAAAACUCGAAUAAAUUUAAGAAGAGAUGACAUUUUUUUGUAGGACACCGAAAACAAGUAAAUAAAUAUCUAAAUAAUGCAGCGACAGGGACGCUACAAAGCAAAAAGUGUAUUCAAACUUUAAAAAAAUCAUUGCGUUGUAUCUCCUAAAAAUAAAUGCAUAGAUUAGUACUGUAAGACCACAUUAACUUAAGUCAC